AGUCCACCUUAAAUACACGCUCCUCUCAGCACCACGUGACGCCCUUAUUCUUGGAAAGUUCCUGGAAACCCUCCUCUGUGUUUACGGUUCUCCCGGUGAUUAACGGCGCUCUGUCCCCGGUGAAGAGACGCGGAGGACGGACACAGUGUUCCGGAGACACUCGGUGCUUUAGAUUAAAUACAUCGUUGCUUGUUUGUUUUUAUAUUUGUUUGUUUAUUUACCGUCUCAGUGCCGCGCGCUUCUCUGUCCACGCGCCAUUUGUGCGUGAAGAGGACCGAGAACCGGAGAGAAAAACACCGACUCUUCUGAGGAUUUCUACCCGUAAAUGUGACGCCAUGACGGGCUACUCAUGGAGGGUAAACAGGCAUCGCUGGUCCUGAGCCAGCCGACUUUUAGCUUCAACUCUGAGACCCCCAGGACUGUAAUGUGGAUUGCCUUCCUUCCUGUGUCUCAUCUGUAUAAAGCAGUGGUUCUCAACUGUGCAUCCGGCUGAAGGUUGGACCAGUUCUAGGCUGAUUGGGGACCCUCUUUAGUCCAAAGGUUGGACCAGCGUACGGACCGUCUUUGGGCUCCAGGCUGGACCAGUUCUGGACAGAAGGUUGAACUAUCUUUAGGCAGAAUAUUGGUCCAGACUUACCCCGUCUUUAGGCUGAUUGUGGACCAUCUGUUGUCCAAUGGUUUGAACAUCUUAAGGCUGAAUAUUGGACCUGACUGAGCCCAUCUUUCGGGUGAAGGUUUCUCAAUCUGUAGGCAGAAGAUUCUACCAGUUCUAGGCAAAGGUUGGACCAUUUUUGGGUUUAAGAUUGGACCAGCGUACGGCUUUUGGACAUCUUGAGUUAGAAAGCUGGACCUGAUCUGGACUGACGGUUGGACCAUCUUUAGACUGACGGUUGGACCUGAGCGAGCCCAGCUCUGGCUGACGUGGAUCUGUCCGAUGACCUGCCAGUCCUCCGAGUCCACGGAAACCAUCGAGAGCGACCGGCAUUCGGACAACAGCUCCAGGGUGGUGGAAUCAGACGAGAGCCGCAUCGCCUCGGCCAUGAAGGACCUGAGGAACACAGGCUGGUACUGGGGCGGUCUGACGGCGAACGAGGCCAAAGAGAUCCUUCAGGAGACGUCUGAGGGAACCUUCCUGCUGCGGGACUCGUCUCAGAGCGACUUCCUGUUCACCAUCUCCGCCAUGACGUCCGCCGGGCCGACCAACCUGCGCAUCGAGUUCAAACACGGCAAGUUCAAGCUGGACUCGGUGCUUCUGGUUCGUCCGCGACUACGCACCUUCGACAGCGUGGUUCACCUGGUGCAGCAUUACAUCACGCUAUCCAGGUCCGGAGACCGCGCGGCGAGGAGCUCUUCUUCUACGGUGAACUCUUCGUCCUCAUCUUCCUCGGUGCAGUUGUUGUUGACGCGCCCGGCGUACACGGCCUUGCCGCCGCUGCAGCAUCUGUGUCGCCUCGCCAUCAACAGCCGGACGCCACAGGUUCAGGAUCUGCCGCUACCCAACAGACUGAAGGACUACCUGAGAGACUACAGCUAUCACGUGUAGCGCCCAGCUGGUGGGUUAGCACGUUAGCUCGGCUGCUAAGAUAACGCCUCUGUGAUGGUCUCAAACAGGAAGUAAGGUAACCAAUAACUCCUCAGAUUCAUUCAGAUUCAGUCCUACAAUAAGAGCAUUCAACCAUGGAGAAACACCUGAGAGACUACAGCUACCGCGUGUAGCGCCCAGCUAGUACGUUAGCAUGUUAGCUCGCUCGCUAACAAGAUAACGCCUCUGUGAUGGUCUCCAGCAUUUGAAACAGGAAGUCAGGUAACCAAUAACUCCUCAGAUUCCUUCACAUGCUCUCAGAUCCUCUUCUUCAGUAACAGAUGCUACGCUCUCUAAAACACAGAAGGCGUCUCUGACUCACCUGGAGGUCGUUUCUUCUUCUCUGGUUCUUUAUCGCUCACGUACAGAGACGUUGAGUUUGACGAUUUACCUUAAAGUCACAGAAAAUAUCAGAGAGAUUUUUAAAAGAGCUUUACGACAUUUACAUCACCAAUCACAACAGCUUGUGGAAAUAAAUGUAGGGUUAUAAUCUACGUUAUUAUCAAUUAGUGUCAGUUAAUAUUUGAUUUAAUUUAAUUGAGUUAAAAAAACAUCAGAGAAAAGGUUGUUAGAGCAACAUCUUGACAUUUUGAUUUAUUAUUUUUAUCCCAUUAAAAAGUCCCAAAAUCAAUUUAAUUUAUUUAAAAAACAAAACAUCAAAUGUUCAUUUCUGUUGCUUCAGAAGUAGUGAUGGGAAUUACGGCUCUUUGAAGGGAGCCGGAUCUUAUGGCUCUGUUCCUUUCCAAGAGCCGUUCAAACGAGCCGUUCAAAAGAGCCGUUCAAACGAGCCGUUCAAAAGAGCCGUUCAAACGAGCCGUUCAAAAGAGCCG